CGCUUGGAAGGUGAUGUUUCCAUCUGCGCGGGGCGCCGGGGCUGUGGGCGCGGGUGACACAGCGAGAGGCCCGGCCGGCCGCGGGAGCCGCGGGAACCUGCCGGCCGCUCGGCCCGGCCAGCGCCGCCGCCUCGGGGGGCCGCGGCGGAAAGAUGUCGGUGGCGGGGCUCAAGAAGCAGUUUCACAAAGCCAGCCAGUUGUUCAGUGAAAAAAUAAGUGGAGCAGAAGGAACAAAGUUAGAUGAAGAAUUUCAAGAGAUGGAAAGGAAAAUUGAUGUUACUAAUAAAGCUGUAACGGAGCUUCUGUCCAAAUCCACAGAGUAUCUUCAGCCAAAUCCAGCAUACAGAGCCAAACUGGGAAUGCUGAACACUAUGUCAAAGAUCAGAGGACAAGUUAAAACCACAGGCUAUCCCCAGACAGAGGGACUUCUAGGAGACUGCAUGAUACGGUAUGGCAGAGAGCUUGGCGAUGAUUCUAUGUUUGGCCUUGCACUACUGGAUGCUGGUGAGAGCAUGAAGCAAAUGGCAGAGGUGAAGGACUCUCUUGAUAUUAAUGUCAAACAAAAUUUUAUUGAUCCUCUACAGUUAUUGCAGGACAAAGAUUUAAAAGAGAUUGGGCAUCAUCUGAAGAAACUAGAAGGACGCCGUUUGGAUUAUGAUUAUAAAAAGAAACGUUUUGGAAAGAUACCAGAUGAAGAAGUUAAACAAGCAGUAGAAAAAUUUGAAGAGUCAAAGGAACUGGCUGAAAGAAGCAUGUUCAAUUUCUUAGAAAAUGAUGUAGAACAAGUUAGCCAGUUGGCUGUGUUUGUAGAAGCAGCACUAGAUUACCAUAAACAAUCCACAGAAAUCUUGGAGGAUCUGCAGAGCAAGCUGCAAAACCGAAUAAAUGUAGCAUCUAGUCGGCCUAAACGUGAAUUUAAGCCAAAGCCUGUAAUAACUACAACUCUGGAAACUGGUGAUAAUCAGCAGCACAAUGGGAUUGCCUAUAGUUCUUCCAUAAAAUCAUCAGGUUCUUCAGUGCACAUGGACCAGCCUUGCUGCCAAGCUCUCUAUGACUUUGAGCCAGAAAAUGAAGGCGAGCUUGGGUUUAAGGAAGGGGACAUCAUAACUUUGACCAAUCAGAUUGACGAGAAUUGGUAUGAGGGGAUGUUAAAUGGAGAGUCUGGCUUCUUCCCCAUUAAUUAUGUUGAAGUGAUGGUUCCCUUGCCUCAGUGAUUUGUGUCAUUCAAGCUGUGAACGUGAUUUCAUGACUGAAAUGGAUUCACAAAUGUUCUGUCAGUGUGGCAUUCUGUGAAAGCCUUGCUAUUUGACUGACUUACUGACUUUUGUAUGCGUCUUUUUAAAAUGUAUUUAUUUUAUAUUCAGAAAAAUUUCACCUUCCCUGACUCGUCAACCUGCAAAAAAACCCAUCCCCAGUUUUUUUGCUUUGUGCCUUGAAGAUCACUGUAUGAAGUGUUUACUGGUAGCUCACUGUUGCUCAAAAAAUGGAUUUCCUUGCUAUUAUUGUAUGUGGAUUUUUUUUUUUUUUAAUCUUUGGCUGCAAUGAUUUUACUAUUGAAAACCAUUUUUAAAAAUAGUGUAAGUGAAGCUAACUGUAACCAGUUCCUUAAGUUACUGAUGCCAUUGAGCCCUUUUCAUCUACCACGCUGUAAUUUAUUGUGAGCAAGUUAAUCCGUUUCACAUUGUACGUUGACAAAAGGCAAAGUGGUUGUUGUCAAUCUUCUGAUGUUGUUGUACUAAGUACAAGUUCUCAGCAUUGAAAAUUCCUAUAAUUUACUGACCAAACUGAAUAAAUAUUUCUGUGGGAUAAGAA